AUGUCUUCUUGGGUCCAUGCAAGCGUAGAUAGUGUGCGUGGUAAACAUCAGAAAGGAGAUGCACUAUGGGUGCGUGUGAAAAAAUUGUAUCACGAAGCUCAAGCAGAAAAUCCAGCUGAAAUUAACAAAAGAAAUGUGGAUUCUAUGAAGAGUCGAUGGAAACGACUUAACGAAAAAGCAAGCAAAUGGGUGGUUGUUUGCAGAGAAGCAAACACGCGAAGGAGGAGUGGAAUGAGCGACCAAGAUGUUGAGAAUGAAGCUCAUAGCAUCUACCAAGCAGGAGGCGGCAACAAAUUUCAAGAUUUGAUAGUGUUUAAUGAAGAUGGUAGCAAUUUAAAGAGGACCAAGACUUCUGAAUCUGGCGAGUAUACUAUCCCUUCAAAUCCAGAAACUCCUACAUCUGGACAUUCAACUAGUUCUCGGCCUAUGGGUAGAGACAAGGCAAAAAGAAAAGGAAAAAGUAAGGUAACACAAUCUGAUUCUACUAAUGCUCAAGUUGCUGCAGAACUUCAUGCACUAAGGCUAGCUAAAGAUAAUGAGAACGAACUAGUGAAGGCUCGACUGCAGAUAGAGCGUGAAAAGCUGGAAAAGCCCUCUAUGAAGAUGUACCAAAAAAUGUUGAUUAAGUUGUUGGACAAAGAGCACUUGUCCCCAGAAGAUCAAGAGAUGAAACAUCAACUAAUGGAGAUUGUGUUUAAAAAAUGA